AGUGUCUGCAAUACUGCCGCUGUUUAGGGUUCUCCUCCUUGCUCCCCUGUCCAUCCUGGACCGUCGGUUUAAAGGACACAUAUUCCGGCCAUUUUCUAAGCCGCGUAGUUUGGUGUUGUGUUGUGUUGUGUGUACGCUCGAGGUUUUCUUUUCCCCCUUUCACGUAGUAGCAAAUGCACAAGGUCGGCCGUGUGCUCGCGGCGACCGCCGUCCCUUUCGGAUGCGUCUAUCAUGCAGGUCACCACAGCAUGCGUCGGUGCACAACCUUCUCCGUAAGCUCCUCGUUUGCUGGUCAGCGCGCACUCUCUACGCUGCAGCAACCGCCACUGCAGGUGCGCAGCUUCACAGGGUUGCUGCCGCUGUCCCAUGCUAACUCCUGCACCUACGCCACGUUGCGGGCGGCGACGCGCACGCAGCACGCACACGCCACGUCCACCGCUGCGGAACCGGAAACAGGCGCAGCAGCCUCGGGAGCAUCCACAGCCCCCACCGCGAGUGAGUCAGCGCCCGAGGCACCCAAGCCGGCGGCAGCGGAGCAGCAACCGGCACGGAAGGACGGGAUACAGAUCGACCCCAGUCGUCUCCCAAGCACCAUCCCUGGCAUCUCGCAAGAGGAGCUGGCCGCCCGCAUCACGGCGUACCACACCAAGAAGGCGCAGGAAGCCAAGGAGUGGUCCUCGAAGGCCUUAACACAGGAGGUCGAACUGAUGCGCCGCUCUCUCUCGCCGAACAACUUUGAAGCGUACAUGCAAGACCUCGAGAAGGGUAUGGCAGCGGCGGCGAAGGAGCAAGCUAAACUGGCCGCCAUGUCACCUGUACAGUUGCACCAGUAUCAGCAGAAGAAGAAGCGCCAGGCGGUGCGCUACGAGUGGUACAAGACGUUUUUGAUGUUCUUUGCGCUAGUGGGUAGCACAGCUUUUUUGUUUUCGCUGUUCUUGUUUUUUGAGUAG